AUGUCAGCAGGUGGAUAUCGAAGAAAAACUCGUCAACUUCUUAAACAGCCAUUUAGAAAGCAUGGUACUCCCGGGUUGAGUGUAUACCUUGCUACAUACAGAAUUGGGGAUUAUGUGACUAUUAAUAUAAACCCAUCUAUUCAUAAAGGUAUGCCUUUUAAAUAUUACCAUGGUCGUACUGGAAGAGUCUUUACUGUUAAUCCUAAAUCAGUUGGUGUAGUUCUACAUAAAAAAGUAAACGGUAGAUUGUCGGUUAAAACUAUUUUUGUGCGAGUUGAACAUCUUAAAAGAUACAAAGGAAGAGAUGCCUUUUUGGAAAGAGUUAAGAAAAAUAGGGAGAUUUUAGAAGAAGCAAGAAAAAAUGGAGUGAAACCAGAAUAUAUUAGGCAGAAGGAAGAAGGACCCAGAGAAGAGUUUGUACUUGAUUUAUCUAAAAAUGUUCCAGUAAAAGUAGCUUAUGAGCCAUUUAUUAAAAUUUAUUAA